CAGAGCCUAAAACCCUAAGAAGCCAUGAAGCGCAGUCUGCUAAAACAUGCUUCUCUCGGCGCUCGCAAUCUUCUUCUCUCUCCUUCCACUUACAGGCCAAGCCCUAGUUCCUCGCUCGCCCCACUUGCCGCUUCGACUCAGUUUCGAGUCGGACUCCACUCGUUCGAGUCUGUCUCAUCCAAUAAAUCGAAUUUGACACAGACCCAGAAGAUGGUUUUCUCCACCAAUGUUGAAGAUGUCAGUGAUCAAGAGCUGAAAAAUCGCAUAGAAAAAUUCUAUGCCGGGGAUGCAGAGGCAGUACCAUCGAUCUUUGAAGCGAUUUUGAAGAGGAAAUUGGCUGGUAAGGAUGACGAGGCUGAGAAGAAGUUGAUGGAGCAAAUUUGUGGGAAGAGGGGAAAGGCUCUGGAAGAUAGUGACGAUGAGGAGUUUGGCUCCGAUGAGGAGUUUGAUGAAGAGUCUGACUCUGAUUUCGACGAUUCACCGAGUGAAAUUGAUGAAGAUUUUGAUGAAAAGAAGAUUGGAAUGAGGAGAAGGACAAGGGAUGAAGCCGAUAAACUUCGGCCCAGAGAAAGCUUAAACCCUAUAGACAGAGUGAGAGGGAGGGAGAGAGAGAGAGAGAGAGUCACCAUGAAGCGCACUCUGCUGAGAAAUGUCGCUCUCUACACUCGCAAUCUUCUAAGGAACCCAAACCCUAGUCCUUCACUAGCCCCUCUCGCCGCCUCGACUCGGCCCCGACUCAGGUUCUACUCGUCUGAGAACGACUCGUCCGGCGAAAAACCCAGCUCUGCUCCCGUGACGAGCUUGGCACAACCCCAAAAGAAGGAUGACCCCAUUGCCGUCGAGGAUGUUUCGGGUAAAAACCCUAGCUCUACUCCCGAGACGAGCAUGGUACAAACCCAGAAGAAGGAUGCCCUCAUUGCCGUCGAGGAUGUCAAUAACAAAGAACUGAAAAUGCAAAUAGAGAAGUACUUUAAAGGUGACGAGGAGGCACUUCCAUCGAUCCUUGAAGCGAUUCUGCAGAGGAAGUUGGCCGGAAAGCAUGAGGAGACGGAUGAUGAGCUGAUGGAAGAGUUACGGAUGAAGCCGCUAGAUAAUGUUAAGGACAAAGAAUUUGAAUCGGAUUUUGAGGAAAUGCAUGAGACGGAUGAGGAGAUUGAUGAUUUGUACAGUGCAAGGGAUAUAGUCACGAAGAAAAUGGUUAAGGAUGAGUUCUUCAACAUGGAUGAGCGGAAGUGGGACGGGCUUGUUAAGGAUGCGAUUCAGCACAAGGUGAUGAAGGACACAAGGGAGUGUGAGGAAAUUUUAGAGGAUAUGCUUAGAUGGAACAGCCUCCUCCCAGAUGAGAUAAAGAAGAAGGUGGAAGAGAGGUUCAAUGAGCUAGGGGAUAUGUGUGAAAGAGGAGAGAUUGAACCUGAAGAAGCUUACGAGCUGUUUAAGAAGUUUGAGGAUGAGAUGGUCAUGGAAUGUACGAGUAUAAUGGAAGCUGAGGGCCCCCCCCAGUUUGAUGAGACUGCUGUGCCAGACAAGAAAAAGGACCCACCUGGUGAAGGACCGAUCCUUAGGUGGCAAACAAGGGUAGUCUUUGCUCCCGGUGGUGAUGCAUGGCACCCAAAAAACAGAAAAGUGAAAAUGUCUGUUACUGUGAAAGAGCUUGGGCUUUCAAAGCAUCAGUUCCGUCGUCUUAGGGAACUGGUUGGAAACAGAUACCAUCCAGGGAAAGAUGAGCUUACAAUCAUUAGUGAGAGGUUUGAACAUCGCGAGGAAAACAGAAAGGAUUGCCUUAGGACUCUCUAUUCCCUCAUUGAGGAAUCUGGGAAAGCAAGGAAGCUAGUAGAGAAUGCUCGAGCUUCAUAUGUCAAGGAGAGACUUAGAGCUAAUCCUGCAUUUAUGGAGAGGUUGCGUGCCAAGACCAUGAGAAUACGAGAAUCUGACUCGGUGUCUGCUUGAAAAUUUGAUUAGCAACAGCUGGCUCUUGGAUAAAUAAAAUUCCUGAUAUCAUGUAUUUUUGUUAGAUGCUGAUUUUUGUCCACCAAUUACUUCAUGUUCCUGGUGCUGAAAAUGCCACUCGGAUGCCAUUACCUUUCAAAGUUAAAAUGGUUCAUGUGAAGGUGUAUGCAGAUCUUUCAAAGAGUGAGAGAUUAGUAACAUCAUUUCUUGUACCAUUCUUUUUUGGUCUCCUUGUGCAACAUUUUGAUUGGAUGCUUUUGUGCCCAUGUGGCCAAAUAUUUUCAAGCCUUUA